AUGGACAACAGUACUCAAACCUACGCAGACCCCGAACACAACAAAGUACUAACCUCGACAGGGUCCAGAAAUGCAACGCCGGACACAGUGGCGAUGUGCGUAGACAAAUACAAAAUCCUCCACAUAUUCGAUGUCUGCAAAUUCUCUCCAUUGUAUGAUUCGUUGAAAACUGGUAUCGACCUUGAACCAAAUGUUCCAGGAAAGUCUGCUUAUAAUCUCGUCAUGAGCAUAUGCGACCAUGCAGUAACAACUCCAGGAACAAUGUGUUUCAAGCAAAACCAGGUGCCGAGUCGCCAAUUUCCUUCCAUCGCCACAUAA